GUGGCGCCAAAGCUUGACAACAAAGCGGCUGUUUGCUGCCUUCAACCAACGGACAGUCAGCCUCCGAGUAAACAAAAAGCCUCCGCUGUGUUUUAAAUGUGUUAAAUGUGAGUUAGUUUAAUAUUUUCUCAUAAAUUAAAGUUUUACAAAUGUCAUCAUGGCUUCGAAGACCGACCAACUUCUCAUCGUUGUGUCCAUCCUGGAAGGUCGCCACUUCCCCAAGAGUCCCCGUCUCCGUCUGGUGGUCCGGGCGAGCUUCGAUGGCGAGCAGCUCUCCACGGACCCUGUAGACCACCGAGACCAGCCGCACUUCAGCACCGAGCUGGCCUGGGAGCUGGACCGCCGGACGCUGCACCAGCACAGGCUGCAGAGAACUCCCAUCAAGCUUCAGUGUUUUGCAGUCGACUCUGAGACCAAGAGGAGCGAGAGCGUCGGCUACAUCAUCCUGGACCUCCGGUCUGUGCAGGAGGUCCAACAGGAGCCUCGCUGGUACCCGCUGCUGAGCAGCAAAUACACCAAACAGAGGCCGGCGCUCCUCCUCAGCAUGUCGCUGGAGAGCGAGGCCAAGCCCUCCAAACCCUCUCCUGAUAGGUUCAGAGCCAAGAAGGCCCCGCCCCGUCAAGGUCCUCCUGCAGUCACCGACCUGCUGCCAGACCAGCUGGAGGCCUCACUGAUCCCAGACCAGGGCUACCAUCAAGUGGGACCCGCAGAGCUCUGCUCCGACAUGUUCGUCCUGUCCGUCACCGUGGCCUUUGCUACCAAACUAGAGCAGUUGAUCUCCAGCACCAUGAAGCUGUCGGCGGAGGAGUCGGGCUUCUUCUUCUACUACACUUUACUGGGCAACGACAUCACCAGCGAUCCUUUCGACAACCUGCUGAGCCCCGACUUCGAGCCGGAGCGCGCCUCUGUGCGGAUCCGCAGCAGCAAACAGGUCCUGCAGAGCUUCCUGUCUCAUCAGCCCAGUUUACAGAUCCACCUGUGCUGUGGGAAUCACUCUCUGGGCAGCACCGACGUCUCUCUCUCGGCUCUCUCUGCCGUGUCGGUGGAUCUGGAGAAUAAGGCGGCGACGGUGGAGGGAGCGUUUAUACUGAAACCUCCCAAACGCGCCAGACAGGCGCUGCCGGCUCUGCCCGCCGACCUGCAGCCGACUGUGGGGGUGGCGGUCACCCUGAGGAGGGAGGAGGUCACACCACAGUCUGUAGGGACUAAAGGAGCUCACGCCGACCCUCCUCCUCCCUCUGCUCCUCCUCCGGCUGCACAGAGACCUCGUAGCUCCUCUCCGGCUCGGAAACCUCCCUCCUCUCCUCCUUUUCCUCCUCCUUCCUCUCACACAGAGAGCGAAGCAGAGAGUCUGCUGGAGGAGCUUCAGCAUGGCAAAGAGCAGGCGGGACAGCUGGCAGCUGCAGAUCUGGAGCUUCAGAGUCGGACCGAAGCGACGGCAGAAGGCGGAGCUUCGUCCGUCAGUGUCUCUGCUCCCAAAGUGUCCAUCCCGUCCUCCGCCCACCACUAUUGCUUCUCUCUGGACCUCCGCGGCCUGAGAAACCUCAGCCUGACGCACCACGUCGCCGCUACGCUCAGGUAUUCGUAUCCGUUCUUUGGCAGCGCGGCUCCCAUCAUGACCAACCCUCCUGUGGAGCUGCAGAGGAACGUGGAGGCGUCUCUGCCUCAGUCCUACUGCGCCUUCGACUUCGCCGCUCUGCCUCAGCAGCUGCAGGACACCUUCCUCAGGUGGUGCAAUAGGACUGUUUUCACC